AAUACCUAAACUAUACUUACAGUGAGAGCAAUCGAAAACAAACUUUAAUUGUAAAUACAUAAAGAUGAUAAUUCAAUACAUCGUCAUUAAACAAACACGAGCGAAACGCAAACAAUAUAAUUUCAUUAACUAACGGAAAGUUACAACGAACGAACGUCAGAUACAAAAUGGUGGAAAAAAUUGCGGUUGUUACUGGAUCAAAUAAAGGUCUAGGAUUCGCAGUUGUCAAAGGAUUGUGUCAAAAAUUCAAUGGAAUAGUAUAUUUGACGGCAAGAGACGAGAACAGAGGAAGAGAAGCGGUGAAAAAACUAGAGGAAUUGGGAUUAAAACCAAAAUUCCAUCAACUUGAUGUAAGUGACGAACGAAGCGUGGAGAAGUUGGCCAACUUUUUAAAUUUAGAACACGGAGGCUUAGACAUUUUAGUCAACAACGCCGCCAUCAUGGAUCUGGGUCAAGUUUACCCAGACUACGAAGGUGCGAAAAGAAAUAUCGACGUUAACUACAGAAGUCUGUUGACGAUUGAAAAACACCUCUUCCCGCUCCUAAGAGACGGCGCUAGAGUCGUGAACGUUUCCAGCGCUUGCGGUCAUCUAUCAAAUUUAAAAAAUAAGAAAUGGUUGGAAAGAUUGCUGGAUCAAAAUUUAACUACAGAACAGCUGAAUCAUUUCGUCGAUGAAUAUUUGGAUAGUGUGAAAAAUGGAACGUUUAAAAAAGAAGAUUUUGCAGAUGAGGGGAAGCAUGCUGAGCAUAGGGUGUCUAAGAUCGCGGUGACGGCUUUAACAAUGAUACAGCAGAGAAAAUAUUUUGACAGGAAUAUAUCUAUCAACGCCGUUCAUCCGGGGCAUGUCAAGACGGACAUGGCAAAAGGCGGAGGCGUCACGGAGCCGGACGAAGCUGCUAAAGUCAUACUUUAUCUAGUGUUGGACGCGUCGCCAAACUUAAAGGGUACUUUCAUGUGGCACGAUCGGAAGCUAGUUGACUGGACCGAUGUAGAUGGUGAUUAUUACUAUAAAUGUGAAUAUUAAGACCGAAUUUAAUUUCAUACUAACAAGGUCAUGUCACAAAAAAGCUUAUUAUAAAGGCUUACCUGGCAAUAGUCAAAAUUGUUGUCUCAUAGAUUUAAAAAAAAUAGCUUGAGAAAUGAAAUGUAUUUGUCAGAAUAUGCUGCGUUCAUGUAAUCUUAAAUUAGAAUUAAUGUAACUUCAAUCAUAUUCCACAGGUUUAUACAAUAUAUGAAAACAAAACUAGGAACAAAACAGCUAAACAAAGAAAGUCGUGACUCGACAGACUGGACAUGAUCUAUAACUCUGUAUCUUUGGGUACUUAAAUAAAAGUAAACAUAUAAUUUGUACAUUUUCUGGUAGUUUUAAGAUUUAUUGAUUAACCAAACAAAACCAUCUGUAUGUGUCACUGAACGACCUGAGUUUAAACUAC